UUCAUUCCCUCCCUCGUCUCUUUCUUUCAAGCUGAACUCUCUCUCUAUUUUCGAAAAUUCUUUUUUCUUUGCUCGCAACAAUCCUAGCAUCUCUUUGUUUUCAAGCUCAAACUUCUCUCUCUAUUUUCGAAGAAUUUGAUAUUUUUUUUGCUCGCAACAAUGGGCGGUGGAGAAGUUGGCCCUGCUAUUGGAAUCGAUCUUGGCACGACCUACUCGUGCGUGGCUGUGUGGAAAAAAAACCGUGUGAAGAUCAUAGCCAACGACCAAGGGAACAGGACGACACCGUCUUAUGUCGCUUUCACUGAUGAGGAGCGUUUGGUCGGUGAUGUGGCCAUGAACCAGGUCGCCAUGAAUCCCAGCAACACUGUCUACGAUUCUAAGCGUCUGAUUGGUAAGAAAUUCAGUGAUGCCUCGGUUCAGAGUGACAUGAAGUUUUGGCCAUUCAAGGUCACUUCUGAUCCUGGUGAUAAACCCAAGAUUGAGGUCAACUACAAACGCAGGAAGGAGCAGUACACAGCUGAGCAAAUAGCGUCCAUGGUCCUUAGAAAGAUGCGUAAGACUGCUGAGGCCUAUCUUGGUACGAAAGUCAAGAAUGCGGUUGUGACCGUUCCAGCUUACUUUAAUGACUCUCAGCGCAAGGCAACUAAGGAUGCUGGGGUCAUUGCUGGUCUCAAUGUGAUGCGUAUCAUCAGUGAGCCCAUUGCUGCAGCCAUUGCUUAUGGUCUUGACAAGAAGAAGGCCAGUGUUGGCAAGAAUGUUUUGAUUUUUGAUCUUGGUGGCGGUACUCUUGAUGUCUCACUUCUUAAAAUUAAAAAUGGUAAAUUUGAAGUGAAGGCCACAGCUGGUGACGCUCACCUUGGAGGGGAGGACUUUGUUAACAUAAUGGUGAACUCCCUUGUUAAGGAGUUUAAGAGAAAGAACAAGAUGGAUAUUAGUGGGAACCCCAGAGCCCUUAGUAGGUUGAGGAGUGCUUGUGAAGGGGCAAAGAAGACACUGUCAUCCGCUAAAAAUGCCACCAUUUACAUUGACUCAUUGUAUAAGGGUGUUGACUUUCAUUCAAAAAUUUGUCGUGCUUGUUUUGAGGAGCUAAAUAUGGAACUCUUUAAAAAGUGUAUGGAGCCUGUUGAAAAGUGUUUGGGGGAUGCUAAGAUGGACAAGAGAGAUGUCGAUGAUGUUGUCCUUGUUGGAGGUUCUACUAGGAUUCCCAAGGUGCAGCAGCUGUUGCAGGACUUCUUCGAAGGAAAGAAGCUUUGCAAGAGCAUCGACGACCUAGAUGAAGUUGUUGCCUAUGGCGCUGCUAUUCAGGCUGCUAUCUUGACUGGUGAGCGUAACAAGAAGGUUCGGGAUCUGGUGUUAUCGGAUGUCAUCCCUAGGUCACUUAGAAUGGGUACCAAAGAUAAGACGACUGUUUUGAUUCGAAGAAAUACCACCAUCCCCACUAUGGAGGUGGAGUGGGAGUUCCCCUAUUCUGACAACCAUUCUAGUACCUUCAUCCCGGUUUAUGAAGGUGAGAGAACAAGUACCAGGGACAACAACUUGCUAGGCAAGUUUGAGCUUUCUGGCAUUCCUCCAACUCUCAAGGGUGAAGUUCAGAUCACUGUCUGCUUUAAAAUUGAUGCCAAUGGUAUCUUAAAUGUUGUCUCUGCUAAGGUCAAGAACAAUGGCCAGAAGAAAAAUAUCACAAUCACCAUCGACAGGGGAAGAGAUGCUGGGAAAGAAAUUAUGAUGAUGGUUCAGUAGGCGGAGAAGUACAAGGCUAAGGAUGAGGAGCACAAGAAGAAGAUCAUGGCCAACAAUGCUUUGGAGAACCAAUCAGACAACAUGAGGAUCACCAUCAAUUACAAAAACCAGAAUCCGCCAAAAAGCAGUAGUACGGAGAAAAAUCGUACUUGCCCCAAGAACCAUAAGCUCGUGCUAAAGAACAACUGCAAAAAAUGCGAGGUAGAUGAGUACACGUGUAAUGGAUGCAAGUUAGAUGGCUUUGGAAAGAGAUACAGAU